UUUCAUAUAUUGAGUGGGUACUGUCUAUUUGUUAAUUGUCUUAUAAAUAUGAGUGACAGGUUCUUCACUCUCAUUACAUCGUUCCGUGAAGGUAAAUCAUAAUUGGAUAAUACUCUGAAAUCAUGAAAGUACUUCAUUUCCUUAUCGCAACAUGCUUCGUAGGAGCCACUUUGUCGACACCCAUCGAUGAUAUCGAGCCCAAACAAUCAACGAUCAACUAUCGACUACCUGUUACUGUGAUACCCAGCAAUUAUGCCAUCGAAAUUGAACCAUAUUUUACGGGAGCCAAGCAAUUCACAUUUGAUGGACGAGCUACGAUCACAUUUCGAUCUCAAACCACCACAAACCAAAUAGUGCUGCAUCAAAAUCAGCUUACAAUAAACGAGCCCCUAACUACAUUAACCCUUGCAAGUAAUGCUGCCUCGCAAACUGUUAUUACCGGAGCAAAUUGGGACAAUGUCACUCAUUUGUACACACUUACCACUGCCACCGCUUUGGUACCAUCAAUUGACUAUCGGAUAACAUUCGUUUACAGCGGAAUAUUGUCCGACGAUAUGCGAGGUUUCUACAAAAGUUCCUAUGUGGAAAACAAUGUGACGAAAUGGUUAGGUACAACUCAAAUGCAGCCGACCCAUGCACGUAGAGUUUUCCCAUGUUUUGACGAACCUAGGUUUAAAGCCACUUUCGACAUAGCAAUUAUUCGAUCCAUCAAUUUUACCACAACCGUGUCCAAUACGCAACGUGUUAGUUCCACACUUAUACCCGAUGGCUCUGACCGAACAAGAGAUGUCUUUGCACAAACACCAUUCAUGUCCACGUAUUUGGUUGCAUUUAUUGUGUCUGAAUUUCAAAUCAGAUCGAAUACAGAUGGUUCGUUCCGGGUUAUCGCAAGACCGGAAGCAUUCGACCAGACAUUUUAUGCUCACGAUGUUGGACCGAAGCUGUUGUCCGGAUUAGAAACAUAUUUAGACUAUCCAUACAAUAACAUGACAGGGAUGACAAAAAUGGAGAUGGCAGCCCUGCCAGACUUUUCCGCUGGAGCUAUGGAAAAUUGGGGUCUGCUGACGUAUCGAGAAACCGCUUUGCUCUACCAUCCUAACGUAUCUACUGCUUUAGCUCAGCAGAGAGUUGCUACGGUCAUAACUCAUGAACAGGCGCAUAUGUGGUUCGGAGAUCUGGUCACCUGCGACUGGUGGGAAUAUACUUGGCUGAAUGAAGGUUUUGCUAGAUACUUCCAAUACUACGGAACAGCUUUCUUAGCGGAGACACAUUGGGAUCUACCGAGCCAGUUCAUAGUCGAACAACUUCAAGUGGUCAUGGGAGCUGAUUCCUUGGAAACGUCUCAUCCGAUGAGCCACACCGUAAACAGUCCCUCAGAUAUUUCUGGUAUUUUCGACAGUAUCUCGUACAGUAAAGGAGCGGCCGUAAUUAGAAUGACUGAACACAUCAUGGGUUCGAAUAGCUUUAAGACUUCGCUGCAACAAUAUUUGAGACAAAAUGCCUACGGGACAACCACACCUCAGCAACUAUACGAUGCAUUACAACCGAAUGUGCCUGCGACUACCUUACAAGUCGCUGAUUUCUUAAAUUCAUGGACCAAUCAAACGGGCUACCCAGUUGUGACAGUGAAUCGCGGUGACGACAGGAAAACGUUGACCAUUUCGCAGAAACGAUUUUUGCUGAAAAAUCCAAGUCACAGCGACAGUACACGCUGGGAAAUCAAACUCAAUUAUGCCACGUCUCAACAGAAGAAUUUCCAGACAACCCAAUCCACGCAGUCACUGAGUCAAAAUGGAAGUUCUCUAACGUUUGCUCUAUCUGGUGAAGUUGAUUGGGUCAUUUUCAAUAUUCAGCAAACUGGCUACUAUCGCGUUAACUACGAUACUGCUACGUGGGAGAAUAUUGGGCAAGCACUAAAGACGAACAACACCGAUAUCCAUGUUCUUAACAGGGCCCAGAUAGUUGAUGACGCAUUAAAUUUAGCUCGGGGCGAACUAUUGGACUACAAUUUAGCGUUAAGCAUCGUACAAUAUCUGGAAGAAGAAACGAACUAUCUGCCAUGGUACGCCGUGUUCAAUAACUUCAUUUAUGUACAACGACGUCUCAGCACAUCUCAAUUGGACAUGUACAAGAGAUACAUUCUUGGCUUGGUUAGCAACAUCUAUGACAUCCUCGGAUUCAACAGUAGACCGACUGACACAAGACUAGACAUCUACAACAGAGCAAACAUUCUCAGCAAUGCCUGCAAAUUUGGACAUCAAGGUUGCAUUGAAGCGGCUGUUAGUGAAUUUAAUAAAUUGGUAGCACAACCACUGAGCUACAGUGUGCCACCAAAUGUUCGACCAGUGGUCUAUUGCACAGCUAUAACCGAAGGAAAUGAAACCACCUGGAAUUUCAUGUGGGAACGAUUUUUAACGGAAAAUGUGGCUGCUGAACAGGUUGUGAUAUUGACAGCCUUGGGAUGUACGAAAGAUGAAGAGUUGUUGAAGGGCUACCUGAACAAAAUAUUGACAGAUUCAGUGAGACUACAGGACAAGCAAGCCGCUUUCACCGCUACAUAUAACAAUCAUGGCGAAAAUGUUCAAAUUGUCUUAGAUUAUGUUCUGGCAAACUAUACUGCCAUCAAGAAUUCCUUCGAUAACAUUGGCGAUGUUGCAACCAUAAUAUCAAACCUAGCCGCUAGGUUCUCGAAUUCUGCACAAAUUGAACAACUGGAAACGUUCUAUGCGGGCAAAGAAUCGGAAUUCGGUUCAACAACUAUUGCAACAGCUAUUACCGAUGCGAAAUUCAAUGUUCAAUGGGCGGACAAACAUGUGCCAACUAUUUACAAUUAUAUGAGAUCCGUGUCCGGUGCUCCACGAAUGUUGACGAUCAGUCUGUCGGUGGUGCUGGUUUCGGUUGUUUUAAGUUUAAUUUGGAAUUAACAGAGAAAUGUUCUGUUAGCUGUGUUGUUAUAUGAUGUUCAGUAUUAAAAGUGAAUUUUACGAA